CAGCACCGGCCUUAAGCCCGCCGCUUCCGCUUCUUCCGCUUCCGCUCCUUCCGCUUCCGCUGCGGGGCAGCGGCGGGGAAGGGGCAGGGCAGGGCGACAGCGGCGGCACGUGCCGCGUGGGGCGGCGGUUGAGGACUGUGCUCGUGUGGGGAGAAAGAUUGUACCCGUUUCACAGAAGCUACUGAUCGCUCACCAACAUGGUGGUUUUCACAUGCAACGCGUGUGGAGAAUCUGUGAAGAAAGCCCAAGUUGAAAAACAUGUGAACAUCUGCAGAAACUGUCAGUGCCUUUCUUGCAUGGAUUGUGGCAAGGAUUUCUGGGGUGAUGAUUAUAAGGAACAUGUGAAGUGCGUAAGUGAAGACCAGAAAUACGGUGGAAAAGAUUUUGAAGCCAAAACUAACAAAGGAGAUGCUAAGCAACAGGAGUGGAUUCAGAAAAUUCAUGAAGUAAUGAAGAAGCCAAACAUAAGCCCUAAAGUGCGGAACAUUCUGGAGCAAAUGCGUGUCUUUGAUAAUAUUCCAAGAAAAAAAGCAAAGUUUCAGAAUUGGAUGAAGAACAGUUUGAGAAUUAGUGACAGCACUUUGCAAGACCAGGUGUGGGAUAUUUUCUCUGAAGCAACCAGAAACAUUUCAAGUGAAAAGGAACAAGAUAAACCAAAACAGCAGGAAGGGAGGCAGUCUGCAGAAACUGGAGAAAAAGCAAUGCCAGAAGAAAAUGGAAUCACAGAUGAUAAAAUUGAGAAGAAAAAGAAUAAGAGAGAACGAAAAGAAGAGAGACAAAAGAAUAAGAAGAAGGAGAAAAAAGACUUGAAAUUAGAAAACCAGUCAGAAGUAAAAAAGAGUAAAAAGUCCAAAAAAGGAAAGGAGAGCUCAGAGAAUGACUUGGAAAUAAAUGGAAAUGACCAUCAGACUGAAACAGAAGAGGAAACAAACGUAAAGAAACGCAAACGUAAACAUGCAGAAGUUCCAUCUCUAGAGGAACCUCAUAUCACAAGAAAGAGAAUGAAAACUGAAAGCAUUUCAGAAGACGUGGGAACAGAAAACACCAAUGGCAAUGAAGAAAAUGUGGGAAUGGAUAAAGGUAAAUUCAACUGGAAAGGAACCAUCAAAGCUGUUCUGAAACAGGCUCCAGACAAUGAAAUUUCAAUUAAAAAACUAAGAAAAAAGGUUAUAGCUCAGUAUUACGCAGUGGCUGGUGAACAUCACAAAUCAGAAGAGGAUAUUCUAGUCAUAUUUAAUAAGAAAGUGAAUAACAAUCCCAAAUUUAAAGUUUUAAAGGACAAAGUUAAACUUCUGAAAUAAGAGUUUGCAUACUUUUAAAAAUCUUUGCAUUUUAAUCUUGCAGACUGAGUCAAAUUCUUCUGUCAGCUGUACAAAUACCAUGCAUUGGCCUCAAUUUAAAUUGUGUAUGUGAGAGCAGAAUGUAACUUUUAAGACUGGAUUCCUCCUCUUUUUCUAGAUUUAUCACAGAACAUUUUCAGAUAUUUUAUUUUUUGAUUUUAUGGAAAAUGUAUAUUUUUUGGUAAAAGCCUACUGUAUUAAAAUUCUUCCAGUAAUGGAUAUAAUUUAUAGGUGUGAAUGUUUAUCAGGACCUGGGUUGUGUGGCUUUUUGCAGAAAUUAUUGUAAGAGCAAGUAGGAUUUUCAUAUUCAAAAACCCACCAUGAAAUAAAUGCUUUGUUAUGCUAAAAUUCAAAAUGGUAUGACUUAUAUCUCCUUUAUGCACUGUAGCUAGUAUAUGCAGGCUUUAAUAACCUAUUGAUUUUGUGUUAUGAAAUGCCCUGGUUGGUUGCCCAGCCUGUCCCAAGCAGAGAUCACGGAUUCCCUCCCCGGCACCCCCAGCCAACUCCCAUUUAUAUACCAUGACGUCUAUGGUACAGAACAUUCCAUUGGCCAUUCCACUGUUGUCUGUCCUCCUUCUCAGCUUCUAUAGGGAGCUGAAAAAAAUCCUUGACAUCACCUAACAGCAACAACUAAAAUAAUGUGCAUUAUUGACAUUCAUCUUACACCAACUCUGAACACACAGCAGCCACCAGCAAGAAAAUUAACUCUAUCUCAGCUGAAAUCAGGACAAUAAUUAAGAGUGUCUGUCAAGUUUCUGUAUGUAAUAUUGUGCAUUCAGUGAAAAGCUAGAGACUGAGUAACCAGUAUAUGCAUAGCUACUGAAUGUUUUAAUUAGUAAUGCAAAUGAGUUCAAUAUAAGAAGUCACAUGGACUAAAAAUUGUCUGGUGAAGUAAAUGACUUUAAAACAACACCUUAAAUACAACAAAACUUGCCACUUUGAUUGUAUAAUAGAUCCACAAAUUAUACAAAAUUUAAACAGGCUUUUAUAUUGCAGUAACUGAAACAAUUUAAGCAGGCCAGAAAUCUUACACAUAUGAAGUUUAUAGGGUUUUAAUCAAAUACAGAAUAAUUCCAGAUAGGGAGUUUCCUACCAUGAAGCAAUCUGUUAGAAAGCCAGUGAAAAUUUCUUGCAGUAGACAGUAUGGUGUUUUGGAGAAUUGCACAGUGAUUUGAAGCAGAUAAACUUUUAUAAAAUUCCAUUAAUGAAAAUAUCUUAAUUUAUAGAAAUAUUGAAUAUAUUAAAAGUAUAAAUAUGAAAAAAUUAACUGUCUGAUACACUGUGUCCAGUUUUUCUGAGUACAUAUUUUUCUUGUUUCUUAUAAAAGUUGUAAAAAAAAUACCUAAUAAAUUUAAGAUCUCUUC